GGAUGUUGAGCCUGUCUCCAUCUACUGUCGCCAGCGUACAGCUAUAUUCUGUGGCGCUUUGCGCACAUGCGGUUUCGAUCACGCUUCCCUAGCAAGUGGUCAACACAGCCGGGGGGUCGGUCCGCGACAGUCCGACGAACGGUGGUUGUCGGAUGGCAGUUCACGCGACGCGCUUCGAGACGGUUCUCGAGGUGGCUGAAUGGUUACAAGGUGGUCCGGAGGACCUCGGCAGCAGUGGCGACAGCUCCCCUUUCUCGGUCUCAACUGCAAUGAACUGGCGCUGAUCUGUGCCUCCGCUCUACGCCUACAUGUUUUUGGCUACAACUGUAACAACGACUCUACACAUAUCUCGACUGUAUCGACGAAUUCCCCACUGUAUCGACAACUACUUUACUGUAUCGACAACUACUGCAUUGUCUCGACAACUGCUCCGACUGCAUCUUUCAUCAUUCUGUAUCGACCUCACGACUAUCGACUUUUAUCUGUAUCUCCCUGUGAUCCUUCAUUUCCUCAAUAUUGCCCGCACAACGUGCACAUUUUCACUUGCUCAACAAUCCCAACGCGCACUUUCAACGAUUCCGCUUCUCCGACCUCAUCUCACGACCACCUUUCAUCAACAUCAACCGCACUUGGCAUCUCUCAACAGAGCGCCCCAUGAAGGUUGAGAUGGCCAUCGACCCCAACGCCGUCGCCUCGUCCCUGGCUUCGCGCGUCGCCGCGGCCCCUGCCGCCAACACGCGCAGCUCCUCGAAGUCCGACCCCAAGUCGUCGGCUCCUCGUGGCCGUCGCGCUCCCCGUCCCCGCGCGCCUCGCCCCGCCAAGAAGACGGCCGAGGACCUCGACGCCGAGAUGGAGGCCUACAAGACGACCGCGUAGAUAACAUACAUAUUAAAACACUGUCAGC